AUGCCCAGUGUACCAAUGCCACUUUUUUGCCGCCGUGAUCCUGGAUUCACUUCUCUGUCUGGACAGACCAUCUUUAACAACACCUCGGAAAUAUCAACGAGUGUGGCCCGCCUUUAUAUGUGUCUUGUGGAAGCAUUGCGGAUUGUCACAAUGUGGAGGGAAGUCACCACUGUGAGUGCACCUCUGGGUGCGAGCUCCUUUCAGGCGGCACCAAAUUCAAAAGUGAGAAGGAGAACACUUGUCAAGGAGGAGGAUCCUGCCCUGGCUGUGAUCACCUAUCUGGGGCUGAGCCUCUCUCUGCUGUGCCUCUUCCUGGCAGCCCUCACCUUCUUGCUGUGCAAAGCCAUCUAGAACACUAGCGCUUCACUCCACCUGCAGCUCUCUCUCUGCCUCUUCCUGGCCCACCUGCUCUUCCUCAUGGCCAUCGACAGAACAGAGAUCAAGGUGCUGGGCGCCAUCAUCGUGGGUGCUUUACACUACCUCUACCUGGCCUCCUUCACCUGGAUGCUGCUGGAGGGCCUGAACCUCUUCACUGUCCGCAACCUGACUGUGGUCAACUACUCCAGCGUGAGCACGUUCAUGAAGAAGUUCAUGUUCCCUGUGGGCUACGGAGUACCGGCUGUGAUCGUGGCCAUUUCUGCAGCAUCCAGGCCUCACUUUUAUGGCACGCCCACUAGAUGCUGGCUCCACACACAAAAAGGAUUUAUAUGGACCUUCCUUGGUCCCGCCUGCAUCAUCUUCUCUAUUAAUUUGGCUUUCUUUCUGAUGACCUUCUGGAUUCUGAAAAUCAAGCUCUCCUCACUCAACAGCGAUGUGUCCACCCUCCAGAAUACCAGGAUGCUGACAUUUAAAGCGACAGCUCAGCUCUUCAUCUUGGGCUGUACGUGGUGUCUGGGGAUCCUGCAGGUGGGUCCAGCUGCCCACGCCAUGGCCUACCUCUUCACCAUCAUCAACAGCCUACAGGGUGUCUUCAUCUUCCUGGUGCACUGCCUCCUCAGCCAGCAGGUCCGUGAACAAUACAGAAAAUGGUUGAAAGGAGUCAAGAAAACCAAAGCUGAGUCUAAGAAGCACACCCUUUCCAGCAUGGUUAUGUCUGAAGUUUCUGAUCCCAGCACGGAUAAGUAUUGAUCUUGUCUCCUGGAAAAUGAAGAAAAUUCUGAAUUGUCGUCCUUUGGGUGAAGAGUAUAGAAAACACUUUUUCAUGCUUGUUACAGACAUCUUGGCACCAUUGUGGGAGAAAAUAUGCAGGAAAAGUUUGACAUUUAAUUGCUGGACAAUUAGGGUUCUCUGGUUUAAACAACAUGCUCAGCUCACUCUCAGCACAGUAGAAGAUCUAUGACUCCAUUCUUCAGUUGCCGUGGGUCAAGCCCUCUGCUUCAACCUCUUUUUCUACAAAGAUGUUCCUCAAUUUGAAGAUAUUUAACGAGGAAAAUUCAAAUGACUUUCUUAAAAUAGCAUAAGAAAGAGGAUAAUUUUCCUGUAUCUGCAUAUAGGGUAAACAACUAAUCCCAGUUGUCCAAGACUUUCCUGGUUUUAGUACAGAAAGUCUUACAUCCAAGGGAACACUUUGGUUACAGGCAACUGGAACAGUUGGACACUCUACCUUCAUGCC